GCAGCGACCGGGCCCGCGGGCGCUGCGGAGAGGACGCCGGGGUUGGGCUUGCUCCUCCGCCAGACCCCACCCCACCCCGCCGACCCCACCCCCUGCUCCUUCCUCCCGGGGGCGCGCGCGCGCGGGCUCGCGCUCGGAAGUCAGGGGUCGGCGCGGAGUGCGAACUGUGUCCCGGGUGGGUGAGGGCGGUGCGGAGGUGGAGCGCCGGGCAGCGGUCAGCGAGGCGCACGGUCCUCCCCAGCGGCGCCCACUGGCCCGUCUCUUCCGUGCGAUCCGCCGCCACCGCCCGCCCCGCGAGCCCGGCCCCUGGGCCCCGGAGCUCAGCCCGCAGAGCGGCCUCCGGGGGACGCCGCUGGGCGAGAGGAACGCGCCCUUGCCUUUGCCGUGGCCCAGCGCACGGGCGGCGGGAUGAGGGGCAGCGAGCGCGCCGCGCGGACGCUGCGGCCCCGGGGGCGGCUCUGGCCGGUGCUGGCUGUGCUGGCCGCGGCGGCCAGCUGCGCCCGGGCAGCCAUGGAUGAGUGCAUGGACGAGGGCGAGCGACCGCAGCGCUGCAUGCCCGAGUUCGUCAACGCCGCCUUCAACGUGACCGUGGUGGCCACCAACACGUGCGGAACUCCGCCUGAGGAGUACUGUGUGCAGACCGGGGUGACCGGAGUCACCAAGUCCUGUCACCUGUGCGACGCCGGGCAGCCCCACCUGCAGCACGGGGCAGCCUUCCUGACCGACUACAACAACCAGGCCGACACCACCUGGUGGCAAAGCCAGACCAUGCUGGCCGGGGUGCAGUACCCCAACUCCAUCAACCUCACGCUGCACCUGGGAAAAGCUUUUGAUAUCACAUACGUGCGCCUCAAGUUCCACACCAGCCGGCCGGAGAGCUUCGCCAUUUACAAGCGCACGCGGGAAGACGGGCCCUGGGUCCCCUACCAGUACUACAGCGGCUCCUGCCAGAAUACCUACUUCAAGGCCAACCGCGGCUUCAUCAGGACUGGGGAGGAUGAGCAGCAGGCCUUGUGCACAGACGAGUUCAGUGACAUUUCCCCUCUCACCGGGGGCAACGUGGCCUUCUCCACGCUGGAAGGGAGACCUAGCGCCUACAACUUCGACAACAGCCCCGUGCUGCAGGAAUGGGUAACAGCCACUGACAUCAGGGUGACUCUCAAUCGCCUGAACACUUUUGGAGAUGAAGUGUUUAAUGACCCCAAAGUUCUCAAGUCUUACUAUUAUGCAAUCUCCGAUUUUGCCGUAGGUGGUAGGUGCAAAUGUAACGGGCACGCCAGCGAGUGUGUGAAGAACGAGUUUGACAAGCUGGUGUGCAGUUGCAAACAUAACACGUACGGGGUGGACUGUGAGAAGUGCCUGCCUUUCUUCAACGACCGGCCGUGGAGGCGGGCGACUGCUGAGAGCGCCAGCGAGUGCCUGCCCUGUAACUGCAAUGGCCGAGCGCAGGAAUGCUACUUUGACCCUGAACUCUACCGCUCCACCGGCCAUGGUGGCCACUGCACCAACUGCCAGGAUAACACCGAUGGCCCCAACUGCGAGAGGUGCCGGGAGAAUUUCUUCCGCCUUGGGAGCACGGACGCCUGCUCUCCGUGCCACUGCAGCCCAGUCGGUUCCCUCAGCACGCAGUGUGACAGCUACGGCCGCUGCAGCUGUAAGCCAGGAGUGAUGGGCGACAAGUGUGACCGCUGCCAGCCUGGAUUCCAUUCUCUCACUGAGGCAGGAUGCAGGCGGUGCGCAUGCGACCCUGCUGGCAGCACGGACGAGUGUAACGUUGAAACAGGAAGGUGUGUGUGCAAAGACAACGUCGAAGGCUUCAACUGUGAGAGAUGCAAACCUGGAUUUUUUAAUCUGGAAUCAUCGAAUCCCAGGGGGUGCACACCCUGCUUUUGCUUCGGGCAUUCUUCUGUCUGCACGAACGCUGUCGGCUACAGCGUCCACUCCAUAAGCUCCACCUUUCAGAUCGAUGAGGAUGGGUGGCGUGUACAGGAAAGGGACGGCUCUGAAGCGUCCCUGGACUGGUCCUCCGAGAGGCAAGACAUCGCCGUCAUCUCAGACAGCUACUUCCCUAGGUACUUCAUUGCUCCUGCCAAGUUCUUGGGCAAGCAGGUGUUCAGUUACGGACAGAACCUCUCCUUCUCCUUUCGAGUGGACAGGCGAGACACUCGCCUCUCUGCGGAAGACCUGGUGCUCGAGGGGGCUGGCCUGAGAGUGUCCGUGCCCUUGAUCGCGCAGGGCAACUCCUACCCCAGCGAGACCACUGUGAAAUACGUCUUCCGGCUCCAUGAAGCAGCAGAUUACCCUUGGAGGCCUACUCUUACUCCUUUCGAAUUUCAGAAGCUCCUUAACAACUUGACCUCCAUCAAGAUCCGUGGGACGUAUAGUGAAAGAAGUGCUGGGUAUUUGGACGAUGUCGCCCUGGCAAGUGCUCGCCCUGGACCUGGGGUCCCUGCCACCUGGGUGGAGACCUGCACCUGCCCUGUGGGGUACGGAGGGCAGUUUUGUGAGUCAUGCCUCCCGGGCUACAGAAGAGAAACUCCGAGCCUCGGGCCGUACAGCCCGUGUGUGCUUUGUACCUGCAACGGACACAGCGAGACCUGCGACCCUGAGACCGGGGUUUGUCACUGCAGAGACAACACAGCCGGCCCCCACUGUGAGAAGUGCAGCGACGGGUACUACGGAGACUCAACCGCGGGCACCUCCGCCGACUGCCAGCCCUGUCCGUGCCCUGGGGGCUCCAGCUGUGCUGUGGUCCCUAAGACUCAGGAGGUGGUGUGCACCAACUGCCCCACGGGCACCACCGGUAAGAGGUGCGAGCUCUGUGACGACGGCUACUUCGGAGACCCGCUGGGGACACAGGGCCCCGUGCGGCUCUGCCGCCUGUGCCAGUGCAACGACAACAUCGACCCCAACGCGGUCGGGAACUGCAACCGCCUGACCGGAGAGUGCCUGAAGUGCAUCUACAACACGGCCGGCUUCUACUGCGACCGCUGCAAGGACGGCUUCUUCGGGAAUCCGCGGGCUCCCAACCCGGCAGACAAGUGCAAAGCCUGCAACUGCAACCCCUACGGGACCAUGCGGCAGCAGGGCUCCUGCAGCCCUGUGACCGGGCAGUGCGAGUGCCUGCCUCACGUCACCGGCCGGGACUGCGGAGCGUGCGACCCUGGGUUCUACCACCUGCACAGCGGGAAAGGCUGUGAGAGGUGUGACUGCCAUGCUUUGGGUUCCACCAACGGACAGUGUGACAUCCGCACUGGCCAGUGUGAGUGCCAGCCCGGCAUCACCGGUCAGCACUGCGAGCGCUGCGAGGUCAACCACUUCGGGUUCGGCCCCGAGGGCUGCAAACCCUGUGACUGUCACCCCGAGGGCUCCCUGUCACUCCAGUGCAAAGACAACGGCCGCUGUGAAUGCCGAGAGGGCUUUGUGGGAAGUCGCUGUGACCAGUGUGAGGAGAACUAUUUCUACAACCGGUCUUGGCCUGGCUGCCAGGAGUGUCCAGCGUGUUACCGGCUGGUAAAGGACAAGGUUGCGGAGCAUCGGGUGAAACUGCAGGAGUUAGAGGAUCUGGUGGCGAACCUCGGAGCUGGGGGCGAGGUGGUGACGGACAAAGCCUUUGAGGACCGACUGAAGGAAGCAGAGAAAGAGGUGACGGCGCUCCUCCGCGAGGCGCAGGAGGCCAAAGAUGUGGACCAGAACUUGUUGGAUCGCCUCCAGCGAGUGAAUAACACCUUAUCCAGCCAAAUUAGCCGUUUGCAGAAUAUCCGGAAUACCAUCGAAGAGACUGGAAACUUGGCUGAACAAGCACGUGCCCGGGUGGAAAGCACAGAGCAGUUGAUUGAAAUUGCGUCCAGGGAACUUGAGAAAGCCAAGGUUGCCGUUGCCAAUGUGUCGAUCACUCAGCCGGAGUCUACGGGCGACCCCAACAACAUGACCCUGUUGGCCGAAGAGGCUCGCAAGCUUGCUGAGCGCCACAAGCAAGAAGCUGACGACAUCGUACGAGUGGCAAACACAGCCAGUGACACGUCAACUGAGGCAUAUAACCUGCUUUUGAGGACGCUGGCGGGGGAAAACCAGACAGCACUGGAGAUCGAAGAGCUGAAUAGAAAGUACGAGCAGGCGAAGAACAUCUCGCAGGAUCUGGAGAAGCAAGCUGCCCGGGUGCACGAGGAGGCCAAGCGGGCCGGCGACAAAGCCGUGGAGAUCUACGCUAGCGUGUCCCAGCUCACUCGAGUGGACUCAGAGGCCCUGGAGAACGAGGCAAAUAAAAUAAAGAAGGAAGCCGAGGACCUGGACCGUCUGAUCGACCAGAAGUUGAAAGAUUAUGAGGACCUCAGAGACGACAUGAGAGAGAAGGAAUAUGAAGUAAAGAAACUUCUGGAGAGCGGAAAGGUCGAACAGCAGACUGCCGACCAGCUCCUCGCCCGAGCCGACGCCGCCAAGGCUCUCGCGGAAGAAGCUGCCAAGAGGGGAAGAAACACCUUACAGGAAGCCAACGACAUUCUCAACAACCUGAAAGACUUUGAUAGGCGAGUGAAUGACAACAAGACCGCUGCGGAGGAAGCACUGAAGAGAAUCCCUGCCAUCAACCAGACCAUAAUGGAAGCCAACGAAAAGACCAGGGAGGCACAGCUGGCCCUGGGCAACGCGGCCGCGGACGCCACCGAGGCGAAGGACAAGGCCCACGAGGCAGAGAGGAUCGCCAGCGCGGUCCAGAAGAAUGCCACCAGCACCAAGGCAGAGGCGGAGAGGACCUUCGCAGAAGUGACCGACCUGGACGGCGAGGUGAACAGCAUGCUGAAGCAGCUCCAGGAAGCAGAGCAGGAGCUGAAGCGGAAACAGGAUGAGGCGGACCAGGACAUGAUGAUGGCAGGGAUGGCCUCUCAAGCUGCUCAGGAAGCCGAGAUCAAUGCCAGGAAGGCCAAGAACUCCGUUACCAGCCUCCUCAACCUUGUGAAUGACCUCUUGGAGCAGCUGGGGCAGCUGGACACAGUGGACUUGAACAAACUCAAUGAGAUCGAAGGCACCCUGAACAAAGCCAAAGACGAGAUGAAAGUCAGCGAUCUCGACAGGAAAGUGUCUGACCUGGAGAACGAAGCCAGGAAGCAGGAAGCUGCCAUCAUGGACUACAACAGAGACAUCGAGGAGAUCUUGAAGGACAUCCGCAACCUGGAGGACAUCAGGAAGACCUUGCCGUCCGGCUGCUUCAACACCCCGUCCAUCGAGAAGCCCUAGUAGUGUCUCCCUCCGGGGCUGGAAGGCAGCACUCCCCGCGGGGAGCCGUCGUGAGGCCGUACGGUGCCUUAACACAAAGAUUACAUUUUCAGACCCCCGCUUCUCUGCUGCUCUCCACCGCUGUCCUUUUGAACCAGGAAAAGUCACAAAGUUUAAAGAGAAGCAAAUUAAAAACAUCGUGAAUCGGGAACAAAGGGUUUUAUCUAAUAAAGUCUCUCUUCCACCGAA